AUGGCGAAGUCGGCGAUGAAGUCCGCCAUGAAGACCGUCGCGAAGCCCGCCCCAAAGGCCGCCAUGAAGACCGCCGCCAAGCCGAACAAGCGCCCGCUCUCCAGGCGCACAGCGUCCAAAGGGGGAGCCCAUUUCAAGAAGCACGUGAAGAUGUCUGCCUGCGCUUCGUCUGGCAAGAUGCUUGGGCCUGGAGCCAAAGCGAAGCUUGGUAAGGCCAGGGCGAAGGAGUUGCCAGGCCCCCGAUACAGUGGCAAGAACGCAGGCAAAGGUGAGACGGCGCCUCUCGCCUGCAAGGCCAAGGGGGAGCGCAUCGACAUCAGAGGGCUCUGCGGCAUUGACGUGGUGCACAGGGUUCGGAUUGGCGUGGGGCUGGGGUACCUGCCGCGGAUAGAGGGCAGGAAGUGCCCGCACGAAUGCGGCACUAAGUUGUCUCUCCACGUGUUCGCCGGGAGGGGCUCUCCUGGAAUAUCCGUGAACGUGGGCGACGUGCAGGUGGAUGUCCCGACGCUGUGCAGGUACCGCUGCGGCGAUUGGACGCGCAGCGGGAACCAGAGGGGCAUCGCGAAGGGCUACUCGCUGUUCAUUUGGCGUGCAGGCCAUUGCACCGUGGUGCAAGGCAUCUCGAAGGAUUCCACGGCAAUGUACCUGGACGAGGUCCGCCGCCGCAUGGCCCAGCUCAGCCUGGAGGAGCAGGCCCGCAUCAAGUUCAAGGGCGGCAUGCUCGUGGAGCUCGACGAGUGCGGCAUCAGGGCCGAACGUGUCAGCUGCAAGAAGCCGUGCGACAAGUGCAAGCCUGAAUGCCUUGGCUACCGCUUGCUGUGGAACCGUUGGCUCAUCAUGGUCGAGCGCGGCAACAGGGCCAACAUGGUUCUCAUCCAGCUCCCCUGGGAGACGAGCAUGGCUGGCGGCGGCGACGCGCCCUUGAGCGGGGCCCAGCGCGACGAGGCCCUCAGGAAACACCUCGGCCGCGGUGCGAUCUGCUUGGCCGACGGCGCCGACUGCUACGAGGCCUUCGCCGCUGGCGACUUGAUCUGUUCGCCCUGCUGCGACCGCAAGGAUUGCCUCGAGCGCGCGAGGGCAGCGGGCUCCGCCAAGCAAUGCUUGAGGUCGCGGCCAAGGCACGGGCGGGAGCGCUUCCGCGCCCACUACCGCAGGCUGGCCUUGUCGCACGGCGUGGUGAGCCACAAGAAGGAGGAGUGGGCGGGUGCGAAGGCCGUGCGCGUGCAGGACAAGGACGGCAACGUCCGCAUGGCCAAGAUUAAGCACGGCACGGAGGCGGCGGACGGCACCUGGGACGAGGUCAAGACGGCGCUCCCGUCCGCGAUCAAAAGCGCCGACCACGACCGCAUCGCCGAGUACGUCCACGCGUGGGCGUGGCGCGCCAGGCGCCAUGGGGCCGACCUCUUCGCUGCUUUGUGCUCGAAGUAG